CAUCAUCAUCAUCAUCAUCACCGUGGUCGUCACCGAUCAGAGACAUCACCCCGUCCCGCGGUGUUCCCGACUCUCUGCUGCGGCUCUGCUCGGUGCAGCGAUGCUGCUGAUUGGCUGUGUCCUGCUGGCUGUGUGUUCCGCAGCUCCGCCUGCACACAUCAACCGCCUGGCUCUGUUCCCUGAUAAAAGCGCCUGGUGUGAGGCCAAGAACAUCACACAGAUAGUGGGGCACACGGGGUGUGUGUCUCAGUCCAUCCAAAACAGAGCGUGUUUGGGACAGUGUUUCAGUUACAGUGUACCCAACACAUUCCCUCAGUCCACUGAGUCUCUGGUGCACUGUGACUCGUGCACGCCUGCGCAGACACAGUGGGAGGUGGUGACACUAGAGUGUCCUGGCAGUGUGGAGACUCCACGGGUGGAGAAGUUGGUGGAGAGAAUUCUGCACUGCAGCUGUCAGUCAUGUGGUAAGGAGCUCGGACAGGAGGGGGCGCUGCUGCAGCUCUACAGCCCUGAGAACACACUCGAUCCUGACACACACAACACACACAACACACACAUCGAACUACAAAACACGCACUUGCACACUGACACACACAACUCACAUGUACCUGCACAUGGAGACACACACAAACAAGGCGAGUCCUACACACACACACACACAGCCGAGGGAGGAUGAAUUCUUGCCCACAUCUGCCCCCUCCCCUCCUCCACACCCCUCCUCCCUGCCUCUCUGUGUUUGAGAUGAAAAGGUUUGCUUUGUCACACAGCUGUCAAUUUAAUAAUGUUACACUUCCUACUCGUGUGAUUUCUGUUCUUUAUCUCAUACAGUAACAAGUGACUUUCGUCUGUUUUUCUUUUGUUUGUUUUGAAGCCGACAAAAUUUUAAUGGAAAUAAUGACAUUUUCGAGUAAAUACUCCAUUGUGUUAAAUAAAACCGUGAAAUGACUUCAGAAUAUUUAAAAGAUGUUGCAUCAUUCUUUGUCUUUUAUUACUUUAUUAGCUUUUAUCUCUAACUUCUUGGAUUUUUCUUAUUAACUUUUUUCCUCUGCUUUUUAAAUAUUUCUGUUUUUACCUUUUCUGUUUUAUUCUCUAUUUUCUAUUUUUUCAUUUUGUAUUUCUUUCUUUCUUUCUUUCUUUCUUUCACUCGUGUAUACAUGCACAAAUCACUGUUCAGAAUUAAAUAUUUUUUCUCUAAAUCCCCAGUCACUCUCUCUCUCUCACACACACACACACACACACACACACACACACACACACACACACACACACACACACACACAAUCUCUGGCUUGAUUAUUGAAGUUAUACUUCACAAUUGUACGAUUUUUGUAAACACAAUAAACACUUUAAACACUG